GUCAGACUGCCAGACGCCAUUUUACAGCUCAACACGAGGAGAACAACAGGACUGUAGAAGAUGAGUGAUUUAAAAGUCGAGGCAGAGGACAAAUCUUCAGUCUCCAGCUGGCGGUCUCUGAUGAGUGACCGGUCUAAAGAGUGGCUUCCUCCAUGGUUCAGUAAUAAACCUGGACCCUCAGACACAAAAGGGAAGAGGAAGAGUGGUGUUCCCCAGUGUGGAGAAAGAUCCAGAACCAGAGCUGGCCUGCAGACAGCCAGUCAGACCAGCUCUGUACGAGCAGAUAGUGGUCUGCAGGAGGUUUUAGAUGAACAUAGGCUCAGUCUGAGGAGGAGAUGUGAACGUGUGACUGAAGGAACUGAUGAAAGUGAAACCCUCCUCAACAGCAUCUUCACUGAGCUCUACAUCACACAAGGCCAGAGUGAAGAGGUUAAUACCCAACAUGAGGUGAGGCAGCUGGAGACAGCUUCCAAGAAAGAGACCCUCCAUGACACUCCAAUCAAUUGCCAGGACAUCUUUAAAGCCUUACCUGACCAACAGACUCACAUCAGAGCGGUCCUGACCAACGGAGUCGCUGGAGUUGGAAAAACCUUCUCAGUGCAGAAGUUCACUCUGGACUGGGCCGAGGGUUUGGAAAACCAAGAUGUCAGUCUGGUGAUCCCGCUCUCCUUCAGGGAGCUGAACCUGAUCAAAGGUGAGCAGUACAGUCUUAUCAGGCUGCUCCAUGUUUUCCAUCCAACCUUACAGAAGGUCACAGCAGAGCAGCUGGCUGUCUGUAAAGUGCUGCUCAUCUUUGACGGCCUGGAUGAAAGCAGACUUUCUCUGGACUUCAGAAACAAUGAGGUUGUGUCUGAUGUCUCUCAGCAGUCCUCAGUCAACGUGCUGCUGACAAACCUCAUCAGGGGGAAGCUGCUUCCCUCGGCCCUCGUCUGGAUAACUUCCAGACCUGCAGCGGCCAAUCAGAUCCCUCCUGAGUGUGUGGACAGGGUAACAGAAGUACGAGGCUUCACUGACGCCCAGAAGGAGGAGUACUUCAGGAGGAGAUCGAGUGAUGAAGACCUGUCCAGCAGAAUCAUCUCUCACAUCAAGAGCUCCAGGAGCCUCCACAUCAUGUGUCUGAUCCCAGUCUUCUGCUGGAUCACUGCUGCAGUUCUGGACCACAUGUUGACUACAGACCAGAGAGGAGAGCUGCCCCAGACCCUCACUGACAUGUACUCACACUUCCUGCUGGUCCAGACCAAGAGGAAGAAGCAGAAGUAUGAAGAGGGACAUGAGACGAGUCCACAGCAGCUGACGGAGGCUGACAGGGAGCUUCUUCUGAAGCUGGGGAGGCUGGCGUUUGAACAUCUGGAGAAAGGAAACAUCAUGUUCUACAAAGAAGACCUGCAGCGCUGUGGUCUUGGUGUCACCGAGGCCUUGGUGCACUCAGGAGUUUGUACAGAGAUCUUCAAAAGAGAGAGUGUGAUCUUCCAGAAAACAGUCUACUGCUUUGUUCAUCUGAGCAUUCAGGAGUUUCUGGCUGCAGUCUACAUGUUGCACUGUUACACCAACAGAGACACAGCGGUACUGAAGGACUUCCUGCAGAGUGAUCAGGAUUGCCCAUCCCUGCCUGUCUUCCUGAAGGAAGCCAUGGCGAAAUCCCUCAGAAGUAAAAAUGGCCACCUGGACCUGUUUGUCCGCUUUCUCCACGGCCUCUCUCUGGAGUCCAACCAGAGACUGUUAGGAGGCCUGCUGGGUCACACAGACAACCAUCCAGAAAUCAUCCAGAGAGCCAUCAGCAACCUGAAGGAGAUGAACAGUGAUAAUAUCUCUCCUGACAGGACCAUCAACAUCUUCCACUGUCUGACAGAGAUGAAGGACCUCUCAGUACAUCAGGAGAUCACAGAGUUCCUGAAGUCAGAGAACAGAUCAGGGAAGAAACUCUCUGAGAUCCACUGCUCUGCUCUGGCCUACAUGCUGCAGAUGUCAGAGGAGGUUCUGGAUGAGUUUGACCUGACCAAGUACAACACAUCAGAGGAGGGACAACUGAGACUGAUGCCAGCUGUGAGGAACUGCAGGAAGGCCAAACUUGCUUGCCGUGGACUCUCAGAGACUCACUGUGAAGUCGUGGCCUCGGCUCUGAAGUCUGAUCCCUCCCAUCUGAGAGAUCUGGACCUGAGUCACAACCCUCUGCAGGGAGUGGAGCUGCUGAUCUCUGGACUAAAGAGUCCAAACUGCAGACUGGAGGCUCUCAGACUGUGGAGCUGCAGUUUGUCAGAGAUCAGCUGGUCUGCUCUGAUCUCAGCUCUGAAGUCCAACGCCUCCCAUCUGAGAGAUCUGGACCUGAGUUUCAAUGCUCUGAAGGAUUCAGGAGUGGAGCUGCUGAUAGAUCUUCUGGAGAGUCCAGACUGCAGACUGCAGACUCUCAGACUGAGGGGCUGCAGUUUGUCAGAGAUCAGCUGUUCUGCUCUGGCCUCAGCUCUGAAGUCCAACGCCUCCCAUCUGAGAGUUCUGGACCUGAGUUUCAACGCUCUGAAGGAUUCAGAUGUGAAGCUGCUGAUAGAUCUUCUGGAGAGUCCAGACUGCAGACUGCAGACUCUCAAACUGGGGUGCUGCAGGUUGUCAGAGAUCAGCUGUUCUGCUCUGAUCUCAGCUCUGAAGUCCAACGCCUCCCAUCUGAGAGUUCUGGACCUGAGUUUCAACGCUCUGCAGGAUUCAGAUGUGAAGCUGCUGAUAGAUCUUCUGGAGAGUCCAGACUGCAGACUGCAGACUCUCAGACUGGGGGGCUGCAGGUUGUCAGAGAUCAGCUGUUCUGCUCUGACCUCAGCUCUGAAGUCCAACAUCCAUCUGAGAGAGCUGAACCUGAGUCUCAACGCUCUGAAGGAUUCAGAGAAGCUGCUGAGAGAUCUUCUGGAGAGUCCAGACUGCAGACUGGAGACUCUCAGGAUCAGAUGGGGUGAAGAGCCGAUGAGAGCCACGAUCCAGAAGACCUGUGACAGGAAGUGAAGACACACAGAAAGUGUAUUCAUCACGGGGCGAGUUUGAGACGUGAAGAGGAGCGUGGAGGCAUUUUGGAAAAUAAAGAAGAAGGCUGCAGCUGAUGAGAGACUUCCUGUUGGCUCUCCUCAAUAUCAAAUGAACAAAAACAAUCAAUUGUACUUAAAGCUUUUCUUAAGAAGACAGAUGUGUUGCACAUACACCUGCUGCUACCUACCACCACCUCCCACCCAUCCCGGCACCAAAGAGGAGACUCCAUCGACCCCAGAUACCCCAACUCACUCUUCUUCAGGUUAGCUUGGAGCCCCGCCUUUACCUGCCCCAACAUCUCACUUUGAACAAUGUAGUCAUCCAGAUAUCUGCAUACUGAGAGUGGGACGCAGGACCCGGUCCAUGAGCUGCUGGAAGGGGGUCCACUGGACUGGAGGGGCUCUUGGAUCUGGUGAUGCCUUGCUCUUCCUGAAAGGGGAGGACACCUAUCUGCCAUAGUUUCUCCACCUGACGACUGAGUUCGGCAUCGGGGGUUCCAGUUGGGGUGAAGAGACUCUGGGGGGCAUCCGAUGGCUCCUGAAUAGGGGGGCCCUUGGAGUGUCCAACCUAAUGAUAAGAAUAAUAAUAAUGCAUUUUAUUUGUAAAGCACCUUUCAUUGCUAAAAGUCAUCUCAAGUUUAAAAAAAGGCUUUUUAGGCCCUUCUUAAAGGAGUCAGUGGUCUGUGGAGUCCUCAGUUUGUCUGGGAGGGAAUUCCACAGGUAAACAGAAAGCCCCCCCAUGGUGCAGAGUUUGGUCCUGGGGGGGGAAGCAGAUGGUUGGUUGUAGAAUGGAGGUUGCGUGUGGAGGUUUGUGAGGAGAGUAGUUCCUUGAGGUAUGAAGGAGCGUUCCCGUGGAUGCUCUGAUGGGUGAGGAGUGAGAUCUUGUAUUUGAACCUAGCUGGAGGGCUAUUGGUGCCCCCUGUGGACCCAAAGAGACUCUUUUGGUUGGGGUAAUGAGGUGAAAGUUAUCUGCACCUAUUAGUAGGAGAGGCUGCACUUUGGAAAUGAGGGAAGGGGAAGGCCUUGUAGGCGGAGAUAGUGUUUCUUGAGUUCAUCCACAGGAUAACUCUAGUCCACAAGUGAAAGUCUGUCAGAGGUGAAUGUGUCUUUGAGGAGGAAUGUUUUCUUGGGAUUGAAAGAGGGUGAUAUCUCAAAGGUCACUGAGGCUCCAUUUCAGAAUAAUAUAUAUGAUAUGUUUUAUAAUGAUUGAUCAUGAAAGUGUUCUCAAAGCUGGUAAAGGUGCAGCUAGUUUGAAUGACUUUGUAUACUGCAGGGUAGCUUGUGAAUUUACUCCAGGUGGAACUAAAGUCUGAUUUAACACUUGAUUAUAUUUCACAUCAUUCAUCCACAUCUGUGAAGUAACUAAAGGGAUUAAAUACAUGUAGUGGACGAAAAGUACACCAUGUACCUCUGAACUGUAGUGGAGUAGAAGUAGUACACAGUUGCAUAAAAAGAAAAUUAAGCUUCAUCUCCAAGCCCAAUGGCCUUGGAAGAGCUGCUAAGGAAAAGGAAAGACAUCUGGAGACUUUGGAGAGACAGCUAACGGACAAACUCAAGGAACUGAAAGACCCUCCCUAAUAGGCCGUAUGCUGUUUAGCCUUACCUUGAAUGAUUCAGUGCAGUGUUCUGUGCAGGGUUUCUGUUUGCUUUUUCAACUCAAGGAGCUCAAAGACUGAUUGAAAGUUGAUUUGAUUUGCAUAAUUUCUGAUUUCUGAUUAAAUGUGAAGGAAAAUUCACCUUUGAGUUGAUACAGUAUAUGUGUGCAUAUAAUGCACCCUUUGGCCUAACCUGGGAGAGCCUUAUGUUCACUGCCAACCUAAGGACCUCCAACAUGUUAAUAAAGAAUUGAUUGAAAAGUUAUUUGACUGAUUGAUGUAUAUUGGCUCAGCCAGGUUAUAUGGGAUGCAGUCUACUUACAGAUGGGUCACUCAUUUUGAAAUAUUACACUUUGUUUUAUUUUUCUUUAAUUUUUCAUCCUCAUGUAGAAUGCUAUCACGCUAUUGGUUGUUUAUAGCAUAAAGAACAUCUGAUUUAAUGUGAGGUAGGGAAAUAAUCAUUUGAGGAUAAGUAUGUGUCAUCUCUCGCAAAUUAUGUUAGUUUAGUUAAGUGUUUUUGUCUUUGUCUUGUGAUUUUCACCUUUAUUUUUGAAUAGUAACAUUCCCUCUCGUUUCAGAUACUCUGACCUCCCUUCCUGGUGUGUCUCCCACUCCUGUGAUUGUCGACCCCGCCCCUGAUUGUUUCCCCAUUACCUGGUGUAUUUAUUGUCCUCGUCUCCCUUUGUCCUGUGCCAGUUCGUUUCGUUCCUUGUGACAAACAACCAGCCUUAUCAAUCCAGGAUUACCCCCAAGCAGAGCUUCGAGCCACGUCUUAUUUAAGUAUUUUUGUUGUUCAUGCUCCUAGUGUUUUUUCCUCUUUAAGAGUGAUUUUGUUUUUUGUACCACUAUAGUUGAGCUUUGGUUUGAAUAAAACCUUUUUUUUGUUAAAUCCUGUGUGAGUUGUGCAUUUGAGUUCAUACCCGUUUAAUCAGUCGUAACAGUAUGUGUAUUUAAAUAUGUAAUUUACAACAGCUGUAAGAUGCUUGAUAAGCUUGAUAUGCACCUUGAAAAAGUGCUUGAAUUUGACUUUGGAAAAGGUGUAAGAACCUGAAUUGAGUUCAUGUUUGUUCUAAUAAACUGGUUUCAAUGGAUUAAACCCAAAUUGGCAGAAA